GAGGUCAAAAUUGCGGAAGGCGCCAAGAGAUUUACACCGCCCGGGCGCCAACACUUGAGCACAACAAAACCUCUUCUUGCCCACUUCACGCCCGCAACUUUCCCCACUCUUUAUCACCUCUUCUGCCCACCAACCCCCCUCACUCACACACAUCACCCCGCCACAACACUCGACAACAUGGCCGAGACUGCCGCACAAGGCUCAGUCCCAACCUUCAAGCUCGUGCUUGUCGGUGAUGGUGGUACUGGAAAGACCACCUUCGUCAAGCGCCAUUUGACCGGAGAGUUUGAGAAGAAGUACAUUGCGACGCUCGGAGUAGAGGUCCACCCUCUCGGCUUCACCACCAACCUCGGACCCAUCCAGUUCGACGUGUGGGACACCGCUGGUCAGGAGAAGUUUGGUGGUCUUCGCGAUGGAUACUACAUCAACGGCCAGUGCGGUAUCAUCAUGUUCGACGUUACCUCGCGUAUCACAUACAAGAACGUCCCCAACUGGCACCGCGACCUGGUCCGUGUCUGCGAGAACAUCCCCAUCGUCCUCACCGGUAACAAGGUCGACGUCAAAGAGCGCAAGGUCAAGGCAAAGUCCAUCACCUUCCACCGAAAGAAGAACCUCCAGUACUACGACAUCUCCGCCAAGUCCAACUACAACUUCGAGAAGCCCUUCCUCUGGCUCGCCAGGAAACUCGUCGGCAACCAGUCUCUCGACUUUGUCGCCGCCCCUGCUCUUGCGCCUCCCGAGGUCCAGGUCGACCAGGCCGUUCUCGACCAGUACCGACAGGAGAUGGAGGCCGCCUCUGCCUUGCCUCUGCCCGAUGAGGACGACGCCGAUUUGUAGAUAACGGUCAUGAGCGCUGCUCUAGGCCACGGCUAGGGCUCUAAUGGGUAUACGACAUGGGAUGAGAUUUAGUUGGAAUGGGAAACGGAUAUGCGACCGAGGGCAUCUUUAGUGAAAAUUGGGCAUGACGAGGAGGAAUUGCGGAGGUAUCCGACAUGAAGCGCUGGACUAGCCGGCGCUUCGACGAAUGAACAACUAGACGUUCUGCAUGAAUGACUCAAGACACGAUUGACGAUUAGGAAGGCUUUUCGAUUCUACUAUUAACACGCACAAUGGCGCAACUAUCACUACUACUACUACUACGACAACAGCAUGCUUCAUGUCCUCGUUAGGUCCUUUUCCAACACCACCGCAUUG